CAUGUUAAAAUAGUGUAAAAAAUGGCAAAUAGGCAAAAAUUCAUACACGACACGGCAGUUGAAUUUUUCAAUGCAACCUCGACGGAGAACGUGGAGGUCAUCAAGGACUUCCUGGACAACGACGAUGUCACCAUUCUGGCGGCCGUCUCCAUCGACGGUGAAGUCCUGUUCCAGAAUGCCGUACCCGUCGACGAACACUACGCUCUACUAUUCUACAAAAUCCCCAAUCUGGACUACCACAACCAAAACAGCCAACCUAAAAUCGGUAUGCUCACCCUGGAAGGAGGCUUAGCAAAAUCCAUCUACAACUCCCUACAGCGGGUAUUCUCGCCGUACAUCCUGAAGAAAUCCGAAUACCCGAACGAAGUUAAAACGAUCCUCCAGAAUCUACACUCCAAUCUGGGUCUGUCACUUGGUUUAACCGAAUCCGGAAUCCUCUCCAUUCAAGAUGAAAUCAACUUUUGGCAACAGAAAACUCGUACCCUACCGACCAAGUCCGAUCGAGAAGCUGCCAAAUCCUUUUCCACCAUCCUGGAUAAGAUAAAUCAGCAUUUGAAGGAAGGCGCAGAAUCUAGCCUUACUCAGCUGGAUGAGUUCAUCGACGUCUGUCAAUCGCAUCUGGAUGAAAUAUGGCGACUUCCGAAUCACUACCCGCAAAAUCGCAUGGGCAGCAUCUUCGAUUUGAUAUCAUCUCACGUGGUCAACACCUGCACCGAGCAUCUUACCGACCUGGACGUCUGGGACGUGGGAUCGAUCUACCUGGAUGAAGCCAUCAACCAUGUCAAGGAGACGCUGGAUUCUUGGUAUCAAACAUUCGACAGCCUGACUCGGCUCUUCUGGCCGAACUACGAACUGCACGCCUGGAUUGGGGAACCGUACAGCUCCAAACAACUGGACAAGUUUCGAUCGCGAUUCAACGAGAUAUUGGAGAUCAAGAACUGCAAGGACCUGCUGUACGCCCUCUUCUUCGACAAUGAUGAAUACUUCCUUCACAUUAGCGAUAUUGCGGAACCCUUCAAAGACAUCAACAUCUACGACUUGACACCGCUUGGCAACAAACGCUGGGAAGUGGCCAAGUCCCGCAUGGAGACAUCUCUUGCCAAAGUGGACGAAAACGUCGUCGCCAUCCUGAAGCAGCAGAUCUACGAAAGCAUCGGAAACCCUCGGCAGGCAAUUCACGUGUUCAACCGCUACAAAGACAUCUUCAACCGACCGUACGUUAUGAAGGCCCUGACGGCCGAACGGGAACAGCUGUUCCAAAGCGUCCCGAUGAUCAUACGUGAACUGCGGGAACUGCUAGCGUCUGCCAACUACACCGAAGACGACGUUUCGCCAAUCGUUUCCGAAACGCGGUGGUACCGGGUGGUUGAGCAGCAAAUCGGUCAACUGGAAGCAGUGGCCGAGAAGGUGCUGAGCGAUCGUGAGGCUUUUGAAGGCGUUCUAAAAAAGAUUACCGGUUUUCGGGAAGAGAUCCAGGCCAUGAUCCGCGCCAAUUUCGAGAGUUGGACAGAGAAUUCAAUGAGUGCCAUUCGUGAGGGGGAAUUGAGCCUCCGUGAAAACCAACCGGUGGUGAUCUUCGACAAAACCGAGCGGCAGCUCAUGAAGGUCACAUUUGGACCGAAGAUUGUCACAUUCUGCGACGAAGCUCGACAUCUACAAAACCUGGGCCUGAAGCUGAAUCCAGAAAUUCAGAAGAGCAUAAGCCACUCGAUGAAAUUCAUAUCCUAUGCUCGCCGACUUCAGCAGAUUGCAACGUUCCACAAUACGAUCGGCGAUCGGAUGAUUCCCUGCCAGCGACCGAUCAUGCUGAAGAACGCUAUGGAGUUUGCGAAUCUAGUCAAAAGCGAAUCCGUAUCGUGGAACGACGAGGACUCCGUUGAACGAUACAUCAAUAGUCUGCAGGACGCUGUCAAGCGGCUGUCCAAGGACAACAACCAACUUACGGGCUACCACGAGCAAGCCAAGAAAUCCGUGCUUAAGCUGAUGGAAACGGAUCUGAUACGGCAGAGCAACGUGUGGAAAGACGAAAUGCGAAACCUUCGUGAGAUCAUCUUCAAUCUAGAACGGCAAGGCUACACCAACCUGAAUCCAUUCAAACUGCACUGGGAUCACCAGUUGUACAAGGUUCUUGAAUAUCAAUACAUAGCAGGUCUGUUGGAUGUCCAUCAGAAGUUGCCAGACAUCCACGUGGACCUGGUAUUCCGACAGCAGCAUAUACAGUUUCGCCCGACGCUGGAAGAAGUCAAGUCCAAGUACUACUCACAACUACGUCGGUUCAUCGAGAAACCGCUGAGUUUCAAGGGCCUUUCGGAGCAAAGUCCCAACAUCUUCAAGGUGAUGAUCGAGAGAAAUGCCCAACACUUUUCCGUUCUGUACGAAAAGGCGGAGAUUGUAUUUCGAGAAUUGAUCGAGUUCCACGACAGCUGGUUACCGUGGAUAGCUCUCGGAAUGGCCGAUAUGGAACAACUGUGCACUGUCCACUGUACAACGUGGCAAAAUUGGGACAACAACUUCCGAGCAUGUAAGAAAUUCAGUCAGCAGAUUGCCCGUAUCCAGACGUCCGAGAAGGAGAUCGAUUGUUUGAUUGUAAACUACGCACCACUCUGCUCGGAUAUUGACGCCAUCAGUCGCCGCUACUGGGAAGCACUGGCGAACAGCUUGAGGACUUCUAUCUUGGACAACAUCUCCGUGCUUCAAGAAUAUCUAGCCUACUCGUUCCAAGUUCUUCAGAACAUACCACAGGACGAGCUGGGAAUCUCAGAAUCCAGCGCAAAGUACGAGAAGAUUGUGAACGAAUUGCCAAAGAUGACCGAAUUGGUGAAGUCUCUUCAGGGUAAGGAUGGUUGCCUGGCGGGGUGGUGCAAGGAACGAGUAUCAGCUCUGAACGGAAUUCUGACGCAGUGGAAUCAACUGCAACCGCUGAUUGAGAACCAUCAAUCGCUACUGCAAGGACGUUUGGAUAUCAUCAAGGAGAACAUCCUGCGGCAGAUUAACGAGCUGAACGAUGAAGCGGAGAAGUUUUCCAUUCGCUGGGAGUCUACGAUACGGGACUUGGAGACAAAUGAAAACGCAGAUAUGACUCUAUUUCGCGAACGCCAAGGUCAGUGGAAGAGCAUAAUUGAUAAGCGCGAAACGCUACAGAAACAAACGGAAAAAUUCAACAUUAAAGUUCCAGAGGACUUUGACGCAAUAUUCACCAAGCUUGAAUUGGAGAUCACCGCUCAAGGUAAGAACUGGGAGAUCUUCAACAACUUCCUGAAUGACUACGAUACCGUGGCAAACGAGGAAUGGACAAUCUACCGCCGUAGACCGCACAUUCUUACGGAAUUCCUAGCAAAGUGGGAGAAGCCUCUCGAUCAACCACCGAGCGUAGCUAGUUCCCGUAUUGCAUCUACCGUUGAACGGUACAAAUCGGUCCUGCCGCAGCUCAACUCCCUGCAGUCGGACGCUCUUAUCGAGAAACACUGGGCUAAGAUCUGUCAAAUGCUGAAAAUCGAUUCAAAAUCCCAACACGAUCUCUGCCUUGGAGAUGUACUCGCAGUUUCCGAAAAUCUCCAGCAACAACUCAGCGAUAUUCAAUCCAUCGUACGACAAGCAGCUUCCGAGCACGUUAUACGUCAGGCCAUAGUCGAACUGGAACAGUGGAGCGCCACGGCUCUGCUAAAACUGAUUCAGCAUACCGAUUCCAAAGGAUCAACCAUUUCGUUGAUCAAAGACUACACGGAAACCUUGAAUAAGAUCGGCGACAAUCAGUUUCUUCUGCAGUCGGCUAAAAAUUCUGCAUCUUUCGAAUCUUUUUCCGAUCAGGCUGAUAUCUGGGAGGAGAAGCUGAACAAUUUGGACUACAUCAUCACACAUUUGAAUCAGAUUCAGAAGAAGUGGAUCUACCUGGAACCAAUCUUCGGAGUCGGUACACUGAAAAGAGAGGAAGCCGUUUUCAAAAGCAUCGACAAGAACUUCAGAUAUAUCAUGAAGGAAGUGGCCGACGAUCCGAGGGUCGUCUCCGUCAACAAGAUCAACAAUGUUCUUUCGAUCAUAGAAACACUACAAAACCAGAUAUCCCGCUGCCAGAACGCACUAAGCUCGUACAUUACUUCCAAACGAAAUGCUUUCUCUAGAUUCUAUUUUCUCUCAGAUGACGACCUGCUGGAAAUGUUGGGUCAAUCUUCCAAAGAAGCCAUCAUUCAGAAACACAUUCGUAAGCUGUUCCCCGGAAUCUACAAACUAAUCAUCGAGGAAGACGCUUCCGGAAUUGUAGCAUUCUGUAGCGAAGAGGGUGAUGACCUACAGUUGACAAACCCCAUUGCGAUCACGCCUAUUGUCGAGGACUGGUUGAAUACCCUGGUUGUGGAGAUCAAAUCUACCUUGAAGCACCUGAUCAAGAAAUGUCUCCAAGUGGACGCCUUUGAUGAGAGUGCCAUCCACGAAUUUCCAAUGCAGGUAAUAUGCUUGGUCAACUCGAUCAAUUUCACUCGUCGAGCGGAGAAAUCCAUUUCCGGAAUGCAACUCAACGACCUCAAACGGGUCAUCCAGGACGAUAUCAACCGGUUUUCAGCGCUGCUUCAUCAAAAUACGGAUCCAUUGACUCAAAUCAAGCUACGAUCACUGUUAAUCGAUCUCGUCUACCAAUCGACUACCGUAGACUACCUGAACAACCACAACGUAACGAACCUUCAAGAUUGGUACUGGCUGCAACAGAUGAAAUUCUACCAAGAUCGCAAUGGAAACGUCAUCGUUAAAAUGGUCUACGCAGAGUUUGAAUAUUCGUACGAAUUUCUCGGAAACUACAACAAACUGGUCUACACAUCGCUUGCUCACAACUGCUACCUGAUUCUGACCCAAGCGAUGCAACUGGGACUGGGUGGUAAUCCCUUCGGACCCGCUGGAACCGGUAAGACCGAAUGCGUCAAAUCCCUCGGAGCUAUGCUCGGUCGACUGGUAUUGGUAUUCAACUGCGACGAAAACAUCGACACUGCCGCCAUGGCCCUGAUCCUGUCAGGUCUUGCCCGAUGCGGAGCAUGGGGCUGCUUCGAUGAGUUCAACCGAUUGCAGGAGGCUACCCUCUCGGCAAUAUCCAUGCUAAUCCAGCCGCUUCAGGUUGCCCUCAAAGACAAACAACAAGAGGUGCACUUGAACAACGAAACCGUCCCGCUGAAUCAGCACUGCUGCGUUUUUGUAACUCUCAACCCUGCUGGGGAGGAAUAUGGAGGCAGGCAACAGCUUCCACUGAAUCUGCAAGCCUUAUUUCGACCGAUCGCCAUGCAAGCUCCACGGCCACAACAGAUCGCUCGAGUUACUCUCUUCGUCGAGGGGUUCAAGAACGCGGACCGAAUCGGUAGUCAAAUCGUAGAACUCUUUGAGCUUUCGAAGAAGAUGCUCUCCAAGCAACGUCACUACGAUUGGGGACUGCGAGAGCUGAAAGCGAUUCUAUCGGCAUGCGGGUCAGCGCUGAAGGUAUCCGGAAGCUCCCUGAGCUACGAUCAAGAAGCUGGUCUUGCAGUAAACGUGAUUCGUUCCAACACAAUGUCCCGACUUACACUAUCGGAUUGUAAGCGGUUUGACAUUCUGUUGACAAAUGUGUUUCCGAACAUACAAUUAGCCGACAGUCAGAACGAAGAAUUGACAUCAAAGAUCAUGGAUGCCUUUUCGGUCCUCGGAUAUCAACAGAACAAUCGCCAGAUGGAGAAGUGCCUGGAGCUAGCGGCACAACUGCAGAAGCGAAUGGGAGUGGUGGUCAUUGGGCCUCCUCGGUCCGGGAAGUCUACCAUCAUUUCGAUCUUGAAAGAAGCACUUCUUUCUCAAGGCAGAACAAUUAGGGCGCACAUCAUCUCGCCAAAGUCGAUGAGUCGUGUUCAGUUGCUGGGAAAACUCGAUCCCGACACCCGUCAGUGGACUGACGGAGUACUGACUUCCACAGCCGUAGCCGUCAAUGCUGAACCACGAACCGUUACAUCCUGGAUCAUCUGCGACGGAGACAUCGAUCCGGAAUGGAUCGAAGCUCUCAAUUCGGUUCUGGACGACAAUCGACUGCUUACGCUUCCGUCUGGAUGGAGAAUACAGUUCGGAAGUAAUGUAAACUUCAUUUUUGAAACUCACGACUUGUCGACGGCUUCACCGGCAACCAUCUCCCGGAUGGGGAUCAUCAAUCUAAACGCAGAGGAUCUUCCAUAUCAGUUGAUCGUAAGUGCCUGGUUGGCUAAGCAAGCUGAAAACGAUAUCUUGAAGUCUUUCCUGGAGCAACACUAUUAUCGAGCAAUCGAUUGGGUCGAAGAGCACAAGCAACGUCCCCCGGGGUAUUCGACUGUAAGUCUAGCUGAAGCUGGACUUGUGGCAAUUGGUAGCAUCAAGACUACCGACCAAUUCUGUGUUAAUCUACUCUGCGGACUCAAUGGUGUAUUGAACGCAGAUAGUAAAAACAAGCUCGCGAAUCAGGUGUUUGCAUGGGCAGAUGUAACGGUUACAGAUGGCUCCGUCGCCGAGUAUCACUACUACAACAGUUUCCGAGACAUGAUCGAGCUAUACAGUACCGAUGAGAUCACUGGGUCGUAUAUCAACGAGAAUGUCUACACUAACGUCUUGGUGAAGACUCCUCUGAUGAAACUGAGCGGUGAACUGCUGAAGUAUGUACUCGAGUCCAAGGAACGCCAAGUGGCGCUGCUGAUCGGUCCUAGCGGUAAUGGCAAAAGUCUACUGCUACAAACCAUCGUCAGCGAGUUCAAUGGAUAUCAACUGGUGACCAUGAAUUGUAGUGCACAGUUAACGACAUCCAGUAUUCUGAGUACUCUGAAGCAGAACUCCCUCGUCCUCACAACGGUCAAAGGUAAAGAGUACCGACCAAAGUUCUCCCGCAUUGUUCUAUACUUGAAGAACAUCGAUCUCUGCUCGGUCGAUUCAUGGGGAACAUGUGAAGUAGUCGAACUGCUGCUGCAACUCAUCAACCGAAGCGGGUUUUACUCCGAAUCACUUGAAUGGAUCAGCGUCUCCGGAAUUCAAAUUUGCGCAUCGAUAUCCAAUCUAACCAAAUCCCAGACCUCACCUCGAUUCCUGUCAAUUUGCCACCUGGUGCAAAUCGGCUACCCAAACAAUACGGACAUGGAGAGUAUCGUCAAGAGCAUGAUCCUUCCGGUCUACAAUCAGCUCGGAAAGAGUUCGAUUAAACUGAAACUGAACGAUUUGGCCCGCUCGAUCAUGAACGUUUACUUCGAGAUCCAGGCACGUUUCAACCGAGGCGAAACGGUACACUACCGGUUCACGCCCAAAAUGAUCGAACGCUGGAUCAGUGGAGUUCUGUACUAUCCCGAGGAGUACUUCAGUCAAGCGCUGAGGUAUGAAUGCAACCGGAUCUUCCGGGACCGUCUGGUGACGGACGAUGACCGACAGACAUUUGACGAGAUCGUUCGAGAUAACCUGCGGAUGUUGUUGGAUAUGGAUCAGAGGAGCGUAUUCGUACCUAAGGAAGGUCAAAAGGAUGCUGAAUUACAACUGGUUGACAAGGAGUAUCUGAGCGACGCCGUCAAUCAAGUUAUUUCGAUGUGCAACUCGGAGGUCAUCUGCAUAGAUAUCCCAAUGUCGGAAGCUUACCUGGACACAGUUUCCUCAAUGGUUCGCACACUGUCCAGGCCUCAGGCAAACCUAGUAAUUUGUGGAAGAACCGGAUCUUGUCGUCUGGAAGCUCUUUACGUAGCAUCGUCAAUGUUGAACAUCAGAGUGGCCUUCCCGCAACCGUCCAAGAACUACGCGAUUAGCGACUUUAACAACGACUUGAAAAUUGUCAUGCAAAACUGUGCCAUAGAGAACGAACCCGUAGCGUUCUACAUCGAUCACACGGUGAUCGACUUUUUGGAAGAUGUUAUGAAGACGUCCGAAGCCAUUCUGGAAGGUGCCGACCUGUCGGACUUCUUCGGCGACGAUUUGGAGAACCUAGCGAACCCUUUGAAGGCCCAGGCCGCUCUCGAAUCUUUCCAGCUAUCUCUUUCUGCUUACUUCCUGCAACGUCUGAAGAACAAUUUUCAUUUGGUAAUCCUCUUGGAGUACUCGUCACCCAAACUACGAGAACUCUUCGAAACCUAUUCCGCAUUGUACCAAAAGUCGGAAAUGAUUUGGAUUCUCGACGAUAAGAUAACUCCCGUGGACAGUCUGGCUCGAUACUUAGGCGACACAAGCAAAACCGGCUCAGGAUCCGAGUCCCAACAAUUUCCACUGCCCGUAUUUUUCAACGACCUGCUCGACAAUGACAUCUGCCAAUGGUCACGAUCCCCCAAACGUCGAAUCCAGUUGAUUCGAUCCUACCGACAUAUUUACGAGAGUGAAAAAUCCGAAAAAGAACGCUACAAAUCCAAAAUCCAAAUCGGUGUAGAUAAACUUUCGGAAACUCAUAAAGUCGUCGAGAAGCUCAAACUCGAAGCACAGGAGAAACAGAGUGCUCUGACAGAAAAGCGCAAACUAGCUAACCAAUCGCUGGAGAUGAUCUCAACGACGAUGCGUGGUGCAAACGAUCAGAAAACGGAACUUCUAGAGUUGCAACGGAAGACACAAGAAAGUAGCGUCAAACUGAUAGAGCGGAAAAAGGUAAUCGAAGAGGAGCUCAGUCAAGUUGAACCGAUACUGAAGGAAGCCAGCGCUGCAGUGGGACAGAUCAAGACGGAAGCCCUGUCGGAGAUCCGAUCGUUGCGAGCUCCUCCGGAAACAGUUCGGGAUAUUCUGGAAGGUGUCCUGCGGUUGAUGGGGAUUCGAGACACUUCGUGGAACAGUAUGAAGACUUUUCUGGCGAAGCGCGGAGUGAAGGAGGAUAUUCGUUCACUGGAUCCUGUGAGGAUCAGCCCUGAGAACUGCCAAGCGGUCGAGAAGCUACUGCAGGUGAAGGCGGAGUCAUACGAGCAGAAGAAUGCCAAGCGGGCUUCGGCAGCGGCUGCACCCCUUGCGGCAUGGGUCAUGGCCAACGUGAAAUACUCCAAAGUAAUUCAGAGCAUUAAACCACUGGAGCGGGAGCAAAAUGAGCUGAGGGAGAACCUGGAGAAGGCCGAAAGGGAAAUGAAGUCACUGUCCAGUGGGUUGGACAACGUGAAUGAUAAGGUGAAGGAGUUGUCCGAGCAGUUGAACGUCUACACGCAGGAAGCGGCCAUGCUGGAGAUCAAACUAGAGGAUGCGAAGCAUACUCUACAUUCAGCUGAAGUGCUGGUGCAAAGUUUGAGCUCAGAAUACGUAAGCUGGAGCAAGGAAUUGGAGGAACUGAAUCAGACGAUAACUCAUAUGGACAAACGAAGCUUUCUGACGGCCUUUUGUAUUACUCACCUCUCUGAUCUAUCCCUGAAUGAGAGAAAGAACGUUUGGGACAGAAUAUCGAAGCUCACCAGAGAGGAGCCGUUUGAUCUAGACGAUCUGGUAACCAACCAGGACAAGAUCAUUUGGGAGAGCAUGGGAUUAACUGCCGAUCAACAGUACCGUGAAAAUGCCAUCGUACUUAACAGAUUUCUAUUGCUACCGUUCGAUACGACACCGAUUCCUUUGUUGGUGGAUCCCACUGAGCUUGGUCAAAAGUGGUUGACAAACUACCUGAAUCAACUCAACCGAACAUUCGAGUUGACGAGCCAGUCCGCUGAUCGAUUUAGCUACAUCCUUGAGUUGGCAAUUCGCUUCGGAAAGAUCCUCAUAGUCCGUAACGUCAACGCUAUCGAACCACCUCUUCUCUCACUGUUCUUCACCCGUAUCCAUAGCCGAUUCAACAAACGAAUGGUCCAGAUUGGCAACAAACUGAUCGAUCUUCACGACGACUUCAAGCUGAUCCUGGUAACUCAGAAUGAGCGGCUCGAGCUCGGUCCGGAGCUGCAAGCCUACUUCAUGAACCUUAUGUUCACUACCACGAUUGCUGGUCUGAAGGACGUUCUCACCUUCAAAUGGGUCUUGGCCAAAGACCCAGAGAUUGAGAAGAAACGUGUUGCACUCCUGGAGGAGGAAGGUCGAUUGACAAAAGAGAAGCGUGGCCUUCAGGAUAGUCUUCUUCAAGAACUGUCCUCUUCCCAAGGCGACAUCCUGAAGAAUGAACCGCUACUGAAUACUCUGAAUGGUAUCAAGGCCAGUGCGAGUUCGAUCGAGCAGUCUUUGACCGAAUUCGCCGGUAUCCGCGAUCAGCUAAUGGAACACUACAACCGGAGGCGAGAGUUCUGCGGUAUGGCCUCUCAGUUUUACAUGGGCAUACGGCGAUUCUACGGCAUUAACGUAUCCAAAUUUAUCAACAUCUUUCUGAGUGUCAUCGACAACGAAAAGCAUUCGAGCGUCGAUGAACUCUAUAGUUUCCUAGUUAGGAGGAUAUUUUCACUGCUUAGUCGUAGCAUUCCCAAGGAUGAACAGAUGAUUCUUGGGUUGAACAUCUGCAAACAGGCGUUCCCGCAGCUGCUUCCGGAGAAGGAAUGGGAAUCGUUUGUAUUUAACUUUACAAAUGCAGAACAUAUCACGGACAACCAGGUUCCAUCGUGGAUCAAACAGGAGAGCGUACCGAAGGUGCUGGCCAUGAAGCAACAGCAUUCGGAAUUGUACUCCAAACUGAAUUUGGACAACGUAGGCCCUUGGCAGAAGUACAUCGAUUCUGACGACGGCACCGUCCCAACUGGGGUCAGCGAUUUUCAAGCCAUUCUGGUAGCACAAAUUCUCCGACCGGACCUGCUGAUCCGGACAAUAACUCACUCAGUUCAGAACAUCCUCGGCCUCAAAACCCUCUACACGACUCGACCGUCGAUUAAAGUGCUGUCGGAGGAAAGUUUGGCAGACGAACCACUUCUACUGAUCGCCUCGUCCGGUAUUGAUCCAUCGGAGGAGGUACGAGAGUAUGCCAAACAGACAAUCGGGCUGUCCAAGUAUGCUGAGUUCACGAUCAGCAAGGGUCACGAAGGGGAUGCGAUGAAGCUGAUUAAGGAAGCUGCCACGGCCGGAGGCUGGGUUUGUGUGAAGAACAUCCACACAGUGCCGCAGUGGCUUCGUCAUCUAGAUGAAGCAUUGAAGUCGAUAAACUGGGCGGAAGGGUUCAAACUGUGGCUGACUUCGGAAACCGACAAAAACUUGUACGAGGUGUUUAUCAAAAAGUGUAACAAGGUUCUGUACGAGCCACCGACGGGGCUGAAGUACAAGAUGAAGCUACUUUUGGAUCAGCACAGUGGUACGGUGAGCAAAAAACGAGACUACAAAUCGAUCAAGAUGUACGUGGGUUUGUUCAUGUUGCAUUCGAUUGUCCAGGAACGGCGAUCGUACGUUCCGCAAGGUUGGAGCAAGUGGUACGACUUUUCCGAUUCCGACCUGCGGACAGCUAUGCAGCUGAUCAAGUAUACCGAAGGAUCCAACACGCUGAAGAUCCAAUGGCCGCUGAUACAGGGCCUUUGCGAGAAGGUUGGCUACGGAGGGCGCAUCGACAACGACAAUGACUUCGGGAAGCUGGAAUACCUACUGCGGGAGUUUUUCGAUGAGAAGAUCAUGACCAGCCGUUGGCAGCCGAUGUUCAUGAACGUCAGCUUCCCGAAUUCGAAUCAUUUGGAUGACUACAUCAAGAUUGUGGAACAACUACCGGACACGGAUACUCCCAACCUAUACGGCAUUCCGGCGUCAACGAAUGCCUCGAGAGACGUCAUUUUCUGUAGGAAUACGUUGAAAGAGCUUAGACAAAGAUACUUCAGCGGCGGGAGCACCCAGAACUACGAGAAACGCGUUAAACCCAUCAUAGGCCUGUGGAGCAAGCUAAUGAGUGGUACGAUCGCAAACCGGUUAGACACGAUCAUCGAACGCAACAAGGGCAAACAAGAUCCGUGGAUGAUCUUCGUCCUCUCGGAGCUAGCGAUCGUUCGUAAUCUGUACGACUCAAUCAACGGCAGUCUGCAGGUGAUCAAGAACUCGUUGAAGGAACUGGCGACCAUCUCCGCCAAGGACCGCACCAUGCUCACGACCAUCUGCGACAAUCAGGUCCCUCUGCAGUGGCGUCGGAUCUGGAGCGGUCCCAAGACCGUGAUCGAGUAUAUCAAAGCGAUUGGGUUCAAAACCAGGGAAACGGAACUGUUGUUCAACCGGAUCGUGGAGGAGACUCGGAUCCAGGAGAUCAACUUCAACAACCUGUUCAACGUGGAAGCCCUCCUGACGACGAUGAAAAUGAUCAAAUCGGAAGAGUUAAACGUGUCUACCACGGACCUGAAGCUUUCCGCGUAUUUCAACGAUCAUCGGCGGGAGAAGGCAAUCACGAUCGCUCCUUUGCUGAUUGAUGGAGGCUAUCUGAACGGGGGAAAACUUGCAAUUCAGCAAGGAGCGCAACAGUCGGCUGGAUCGAGCUACACCGGUAACUUCAGUUUGGACUACACCGCUUUGGACCAGGCGGUAGAUGGUCGAUCUAGAUCUGGCAGUAGUUCACGGGCGGAUCAGUUUGAGAUCCCUCUGUACAAUAACAUUUCCCGGGAUGUCCUGAUCUGUCAGAUUGCGAUCGAGAUUAGUUCGGGUCUCAGCAAGUCUCAACUGGUGGCAGCAGGAGUUGCCUUCAUCGUUCCAGAGAGCUACUAAACAAGGGACAAUUUCUUUCAACACCGUAUCAACUUACCUUGGAAUUCUACUUAACUUUAAUUGCGUGGAACUAUUUACACUGCUGUUUACAUUUGCCAGUACACGGUACAAACCUAGAUGAACACACCUUGGUAGAAGCACUUUAUCUAAUAAAGCUAGGAUUUCACAUCGGCACCAUUGCCAUUGGAAA